CUUCCACCAUUUUUGAUCAAGGCUGUGCAUGUUAGCUGGGAAGCUGAUCAAGCAAAGAUAUUUGUUUUUGCGAAAAGAGGAAAGGGAAAAAGAAAAAAAAAAUCCAAAAACAGAGGCAAAGCCAAAGCUUUGUAGAUAAAUGCAUUUACGGUGGCUGACUAAAAAUCUUCUUUUGCCUUUCGCUCGCGGCUCGCCGUAAACGCCACAGAGCAUCCCAUCCAUCUGUGUGCUAACGUGCGCCUUCUUCGGUGAAGUGAUUCUUUUUUUUGAUUGAUUUCUGGUGGUCACUUCUGAUCUUCGCUUCUCCGAUCUUUCUGAAGUAGUUGUGUUACCCUUUGUGGAGGAGUAUUGCUUGUACAACUUAGCUCUAUUAAUUAACUGGUUCCACAGUCUCAUGAGUUCUUAACUGGGUUUUCUUUUUGGUUUGAUUUUGAUGUGGUUGGUGUUUGAUGAGAUGGGUGAUCUUCCGAUACGUGAAUGAAGUUAGUGAUCGAAACCCUAACCCUAAUUUGGAUUCUUUGGGAAGAUUGACGAAACUGUGGAUGGAAUUUCUCUAGAAGGGAAUCGCGUUUUGUGUAGGUUCUGGUUUACCGGUUAUGGAUUGCAAGGAGCUCAAUUUAAACGAAGAUUGUGGUGGCUGUGGUAGCGGUGGAAAGAAUGGGGGAGAUGGGUUUAUAGACAGGAGCAAAGUGAGGAUUUUGCUGUGCGAUAAUGAUUCAAAAAGUUCAGAGGAGGUUUUCAAGCUUCUUUUGAAAUGUUCCUACCAGGUCAUCUCCGUGAGUUCAGCUAGGCAGGUCAUCGAUGCUUUGAAUGCAGAGGGACCUGAAAUUGAUAUUAUACUGUCGGAAGUUGACCUGCCAAUGGCCAAAGGUAUGAAAAUGUUGAAGUAUAUCACUCGAGAUAAAGAGCUCCGACGCAUUCCUGUUAUCAUGAUGUCAACACAAGAUGAGGUCCCUAUUGUCGUUAAGUGCUUGAGGCUUGGAGCAGCUGACUAUCUUGUAAAGCCUUUACGGACAAAUGAGCUAUUAAACUUGUGGACGCACAUGUGGAGAAGAAGACGCACGCUUGGACUGGCGGAAAAAAAUAUUUUGAAUUAUGAGUUUGAUUUGGUGGCAUCAGAUCCAAGUGAUGCUAAUACCAAUAGUACUACUUUGUUCUCGGAUGACACUGAUGACAAGUCACGUAGGAGCACCAAUCCGGAAAUGGGAAUUACCGCGCCUGCAACACAUCAAGAAGAUGAGCCUGGUAUUGCCGCCACAAUUGUAGAGCCUCCUGCUGUUCAUUCAGUGCAACAUCAGCCAGAUGUACCUGGAAUUAGUGAGCGCCGAACAGGGCAACCUUCUUCAUGUCCCAGAAAGAGUGAACUAAAGAUUGGGGAAUCAUCCGCAUUCUUUACCUAUGUCAAAUCAAGAACUGUGAAAAAUAAGGCAGUAGAUAUUGAAGACAGUACUAAACGACUUUUGCUGGAAGAAAAUCAUCAAGAAACUAGUCAGCGUGCGGUUCGUCUUCCCCCAAUACAAGAAAUUGGGGAGGCCUUGGAAAGCCAUUCACAAGGAGACGAACACCCAAGCAGUACUAGUUUUCCUGAUUCUUUUUCAGUGGAGAGAUCUUGUACACCACCUGCUGGCACAGACGUUCACAGGGAAAGAAACAUCAAUGAAGAAAAUUGUUCUCAAGUCCUUCUGCACUCUCGAAAUGGAUCUCAACUUGAUAUUUCAGGCCUUCCUGUGCAAACGCAAACUGCUGCUUAUCCUUUUUAUAUGCCAGAAGGUAUGAUGUCGGCGCAAAUUUACCAAAACAACCUGCAUGAAAUGCAAAAUCAUGCGGCAAUGAUGUCACAGUAUGGUCAUUUUCACCAUUGCCCUCCCAAUGUAAGUGGGGUGGCAUCUUAUCCUUAUUACCCUAUGAACAUAUGUUUACAACCCGGUCAAAUGCCAACUACCACUAAUACUCAUUCAUGGCCAUCUCUUGGGAAUUCAUCUUCCAAUGAAGCAAAGUCUAACAAAUUUGAUAGAAGAGAGGCAGCAUUGAUUAAAUUUAGGCAGAAAAGGAAGGAGCGCUGUUUUGACAAAAAGAUUAGGUAUGUUAAUAGGAAACGGCUUGCUGAGAGAAGGCCGCGUGUGCGUGGCCAGUUUGUAAGAAAGGUAAAUGGUGUCAACGUAGAUCUUAACGGACAGCCUGCAUCUGCUGAUGAUGUUGAGGAUGAAGACGAGGAGGAGGAGCUACUAUCAAGGGAUUCUUCUCAUGAGGAUGACGGUUCAGGAUAUUAGAAAAAUAUGCUUGCCAAGUGACCAAGGAAAUUCAUUUUGGAAUGGUUCCGGUGGCAUUACUUAUCCCUGGAAUACCUGAAACUUAUGCUAUUAAAGCUUUAUGAUCAUUACUCGUUCCUGUAUGGAUCCGAUGGAAUAUUAUGAAGAAUGCAUAACCAUUUUUAUCCAGGGAAAGCAAGCAAGUGCACAUAUUUACUACAUGCAAUCUCAAUGUUGGCAAGAGAUCAAAUGUCCAUUUGCCUGCACCAGGUCUUUGUAGCCUUCCUGAGUACUGGUGGCUAGAAACGAUUUCUCGUGAGAGUAAUUUAAUCCGGUCUUGCUGCUCAUGGAGUGCCCAAGCACACGGAUCUUGAGGGCCAAAUUACACUUCAAAUAUCAACUCCCUGGUGUUAAAUGGGUCGAAUCAAUCAUCGAAAAUACAUCGGCCAACAUUGGACAUUUGCAGAGAAGAAUAGCUUUUUGGAAUUUCAUUCAAAUGAAGCCUAGAUCUUAACCUACUCCCAAUCUCAACUUAUGUAGUUUGUGAUAGAUCUGCAUCGAAAGAUCGACCAAUUUUAUCAAAACUGUAUGAACUAUUUUCAUUGUAUUGUCUGAUAAAGCUGAUUAAAGUUGUGUCAAUAUAAAAUUAUAUGUAAAAUAGGAACUUGAUUCUCUA